UCAUGUGCUUGCACCCUCCAAAAGAUGGAUUUUUCCGUAUCUGCAGUCGCUGAUGCCAACCACCUUGUCGUCCUUCGUAAAAUAUUUGAAAAACCAGGGGGAGAGAGAGAGAGAGAGAGAGAGAGGCUUCAAAGAAGCGUAAAGACAAAGCUAUUAAUCAAAUUGUUCUGGUUCCUUCGCGGGUUAUUGCAGCAAGCCAAAAAUAACAAUCAUUUCCCAAAACUAUUGCCUUUCCUGUUUAAAACACGGGAGUGGAGAACCUAUUGGCAAAAACUGCGAGGGCUACUUUUCUUUGGGCGGAUGUUCAUCACCACCAGAUCUGCAAGUUCAGCUUCAGAUACAGUAAGAAUUGUUCUUUAGAGUUUGCAGAUUUGCCCAGGUGGAUUUUUUUUGGCUGAAAAAGGAAUUAUAUUGAUGGUUGUCAGCUGAAACUAUUCUAUUCCCAGAUUUAUCUUCCUUGUUGAUUUAUUUUUCUAUUUUUCCAUCGGUUAUUUGGGUGUUAGAAUUUGCUUUGGGUUUAUUUUUGAGAGCAGUGCAACUGAUAAUAUUCAAGAAGGUAAUGUAAAUAUUUCCCUUCUGAAAGCCUGGAGAUUUGAAAGAUUUGUAGAGUUAGAGACUUCUAAAUUCUUAUAGUUCAUGAAACAGUUUUUGAGGAGAUUAGCUUCUUCCCUGUUGUGAUCCAACCUUCUAAAGGUCUUCCAUUUGGUUUGCAAAAGAAGAUAAGAAGUUCUUCCGAAUUGAGUUGAUCUGAAGAAUGAAGCUCUCUGGGCUUCUUUUACUGCUUUUAGUUUCGGUUUUUCUGAGACUUGGACAAGCUCAAGUGAAAUCUUUUCUGGUUGAUUGUGGAUCUAAUUCCAGCAUUAGUGUUGAUGGAAGAAAUUGGACUGGAGAUUCAGUUCCUGCUGAUAAUUUUACCCUGAGCUCUCCUGGAGUCCUUGCAUCGACUGCCGCGAUCAGCGGAGAUCAGCUGUAUGGAAAUUUGUAUAAAACUGCCCGGAUCUUCAACGCAUCGUCAAGCUACAACUUCAGCUUGGUGUCUGGGACUUAUUGCAUUAGGCUUCACUUCUAUGCUUUCUCCUUUGAAAACUUUAAUGUUAAUGAGUCUGCCUUCGAUGUCAUGGCAAACAGUCUGAAGUUGGUAUCCAAGUUCGAUGUCCCAGGGGAGAUUUACUGGAAGAACAUGAGGAGCAACUCCACUGACACCUCUCUGGUGAAAGAAUACUUCCUUGGUAUCAGUUCAAACAAGCUGCAGAUUGAGUUUAUUCCUGACUCUGGGUCAUUUGCCUUUGUGAAUGCUAUGGAAGUGAUUCCAGUCCUCCAUAAGUUGUUUACUGAUUCUGCGAACAAAGUGGGUGGUUUAAAGAGUUCUCUGCCUUUGAUGGACCAUGGGAUUGAGACCAUGUAUAGGUUGAAUGUGGGAGGGCCUAAGAUAAAAUCCAUUGAAGAUCAAAGUGUUUGGAGAAGAUGGGAAUCAGAUGAGAGGUUCAUGUUUUCUUUGAAUACUGCAAAUACUAUUUCUAAUACUUCAACUGUAACCUAUGCCUCGGCUAAUGAUACUUCGAUUGCACCUCUAUUAGUCUAUGAAACAGGGAGGACAAUGAUUGAUAAUGACGUUCUUGAGAAGAGAUUCAACAUGUCAUGGAAGUUUGAUGUGGAUCCAAACUUUGAUUACUUAGUCCGGUUGCACUUUUGUGAGGUGAUAUAUGAUAAACCAAACAUGAGAAUUUUCAGGAUUUAUAUAAAUAAUAAGACAGCAGCUGAGAACUACGAUGUGUUUGUCAAGGCAGGUGGGAAGAACAAAGCCUAUCAUGAGGACUAUGUUGAUGCUGUUUCACAGCAGAUCGACACUCUGUGGCUUCAGCUGGGCCCAGACUCAUCUACAAGUGCUUCGGGUACUGAUGCACUUCUAAAUGGUCUGGAGAUCUUCAAGCUCAGCCACAAUGGGAAUCUUGCUCAUGCUCCAGGGAGAAUUGACACUGGUAGGGGAGGUUUGCCUGCUACAAAGCAAAAGAGUAAGGUUCUAUGGGCAGCAAUUGUUGCAGGUGUUGGUUCAGUCAUUGCUAUUAUGAUACUGUCUGCUAUUUUUAUGUGCCAUUGCAUUCGUAAGAAGAAAACACCUCCAGAGGAAAAGAGCAAUCCUUCCGGUUGGCUCCCACCCUUCCUUCAUGGGACCAUGGGAAGCACCUCAAAGGCCCAAGCAUUGAAAUCAUCUCCAAAUUCUAAAGGAUCAAUGGCUGCUAAUAGGAUGGGCAGAAGGUUCACCAUUGCAGAAAUUAGAGCAGCAACCAAAAAUUUUGAUGAGGCCUUAAUUAUUGGAAGUGGAGGUUUUGGUAAGGUCUACAAGGGUGAGCUCGAAGAGGGGAACCUGGUCGCAGUCAAACGGGCACAUCCACAAUCUGAGCAGGGCCUAAAGGAAUUUGAAACUGAAAUAGAAAUGCUGUCAAAGCUCCGUCACCGGCACCUUGUCUCCAUGAUUGGGUAUUGUGAUGAACAAAAUGAGAUGAUUUUAGUUUAUGAAUACAUGGCAAAUGGGACUCUGAGAAGCCAUCUCUUUGGGAGUGAUCUCCCACCUCUCACGUGGAAGCAGCGGCUCGAUGCAUGCAUUGGUGCUGCACGCGGGCUUCACUACCUUCACACAGGUGCAGAGAGGGGUAUAAUCCACCGGGAUGUUAAGACUACAAAUAUAUUGUUGGACGAAAAUUUUGUUGCAAAAAUGGCAGAUUUCGGGCUGUCGAAAGAUGGCCCGGCAUUGGACCACACCCAUGUCAGUACCGCUGUGAAGGGAAGUUUUGGGUAUCUUGAUCCUGAGUACUUCCGACGUCAACAACUAACUCAGAAAUCAGAUGUAUAUUCUUUUGGUGUGGUUCUCUUUGAAGUUGUGUGCGCUAGGCCAGUUAUAAAUCCAAGCUUGCCGAGGGAUCAGAUUAACCUUGCUGAAUGGGCAGUCCAUUGGCAACGCCAGCAGUCAAUUGAGACCAUCAUAGACCCCCGUCUGGAAGGAAAUUAUUCACCUGAAUCCUUGAAAAAGUUUGGUGAUAUUGCAGAGAAAUGCAUUGCUGAUGAGGGAAAGAACCGCCCUACAAUGGGUGAGGUCUUGUGGCACUUGGAGUAUGUCUUGCAGCUGCAUGAAGCUUAUAUGCGAAGUACAGAUGCCAAUUCCUAUUCAGGGAGUCAGAUGAGGUUUGCUGAUAUGUCUCUUAGUCUUCCAGGCAUCACAGAGGGAGAAGAGGAAGCUUCUUUAGAAGCAGAAAACAUUGUUGAAAAUUCUGUAGAGCCGAAAGCUGAUGGAUGCUGAUCUUCUGGUAUUUGAGAUGCUGGCAUCUCAAAUCAGUUUAGCACUUGUAUUAGGUAAGUGCUACAAUUUUCAAAUCUCUUGGUAUAUUUUAAGUCUGCUUUACUACUGUUUUGGUCCCUCAUAGCAAAGGUUUCGGAGAUGAAUGGUGUCUGAAUAGCCAUAUAUUUUAUAGCAGCUCCUUUUGAUGCAUAGGACUGGUGUACUGUUACUGAAGUUUGAAACCGUGCAGAUCUUGAAAUGGUUUUAUCACUUUUCCAGAUCUAUAAUUCUAUUCGUUUGUUAAUUAUUUGUAAGAGAAUACACGUUUGCCAAUGGUACUGUAUAAAGGGUACCAAGUGUACUCGUCUAUGGUUUGAAGAUCUUGAUGCACAUACUCUGCAUAUGUGUACUAUGCUUGCCUCACUGGUAAUAGUUGUUCAGUUUUGUUAUU